CAUCCCAUUCUCUAUCUCAGAAAAGGAAAAAAAAAUAAAAUCACAAAAUUCAAAACACAAUCUCUCUUCUCCAACGUCCGAUCUAUCUCUCCCUGCAUCAUAAUCAACCCAAUCAGAUCCCUCCCUUGUCUUCGCGCCAAAUACAAACAUUUUUAUAUAAAUUCCUCUCUCUAUAUCUAUCUAUCUACAGGGUUUCGAUAUGACGGACGCUCCAGGAAGUCCGACCGGUGGUAGUCACGACAGCGGCGGCGAACAGAGUCCACACUCCAACAUCCGAGAACAAGACAGGUUCCUUCCGAUUGCUAACAUAAGCCGAAUCAUGAAGAAAGCAUUGCCUGCUAAUGGAAAGAUAGCUAAAGAUGCUAAGGAUACUGUUCAGGAAUGUGUUUCUGAGUUCAUUAGUUUCGUUACUAGCGAGGCUAGUGAUAAGUGUCAGAAAGAGAAGCGCAAGACGAUUAACGGUGAUGAUUUGCUUUGGGCAAUGGCUACGUUAGGUUUUGAAGAUUAUAUCGAACCACUUAAGGCUUACCUGUCUCGCUACCGAGAGUUAGAGGGUGAUACAAAGGGAUCUGCAAGAGGCGGAGAUGGAUCUGGAAAGAAAGAUGCAGUUGGAUCUCAGCUUGUUCCAAAUGCACAGUACACUCAUCAAGGAUCUUAUACACAAGGCAUGAAUUUUUUGAAUUCACAUGUUUGAACUUCCAACCAAGAGGACAUGAUCUGUUGUGGAGUUUUCGAGUUUCUUGUUUACUGAUUCAUUCAGUAACUUGGUAUCUUCAGUAUUAUAUAGGUUUUCCUGUUAGUCUUAUGUUAAAACGUGCUGUUAAUCCCGUUGAUUUUUCUUGGGGCGGGAAUAAGUUAUGUUUGGGUUGGUAUGCCAUUAGUUAUUGUUUUUUGUUGUUGAAAUUUGUAACUUUCCUCUCGUUAAUGUUAUUUAUCGAGUGAUCCAUGUUUAGAUAAUGGUUGAUGUAUUAACUCUUUAUUCAUAUUAAACAUGUAUGCUUAUUUCAUCCAAAUUUAUUAUUUUUUUUA